UUACCGCUCUUAAAAUUCUCCCAUCCUCAAAUUGUCAUCCAAAGCCAUGCAACGCAUCCAAAAUCCAGCUAAGGUCGCCCUUCGGCAGCAUAUCAAACAGAAGCUGCAGACCCUAACACCCGACGAACGUCAGCGGCAAUCGAGCAUCAUCAUCGACAAGGUUAUGGCACUUCCGUUCUACGAGCGCUGUCAAAGGAUUAGUGUCUAUCUCAGUACCGACACCGAAGUCAACACAACGUCCCUGCUGGAGCGCAUGUUUCAACAGCGGAAACAGAUCUUUGUGCCAACGUACAACAGGAGUGCAAUGAAAAUGGUUCGCAUCAAUGAUAUGGAGGAUUACGACCGGCUACCGACGACCACGUGGAAUAUCAAGCAGCCCGCAUUUGACGACGCAACACGCGAGGACGGUCUCACAACAGGUUUGGAUCUAAUCAUCCUGCCCGGUGUGGCUUUUACCAAAGCAGGUGGGCGCCUCGGUCACGGCGGUGGGUAUUAUGAUCGAUUUUUGAAGGAGUACUUCGCCAAACACCCGAACGCACCGCACCACACCACCCAUCUAGUGGGGAUUGGAUUUUGCGAACAAAUUGUGUCCGCUGGCGGGCUGCCUUCCGACGAGCACGACGUAUCGAUUGAAUGUAUUGUGACGGCGGAUUGAGUUUUAUGUUCAGUUUACUUUUGCCGUUGCCUGUUGCAUACUCAACAUUAAAUUAAUUAAUUAUUUAAUGAGCCGCUUUCUUGAGCUACAUCUUAUGCUCAGAGUUUGUUCUAAUCAAUACCACAGGGCACUUACAUACCUACCGCAUCAACUUUUCAGCAACAAACACAUUAAAUAACACACUCCAAAAACUAAAACGUUCGGACACCACGUAAGCUUAUCGGCUUCUUAAAUUUUAUUGCUCCUUCCGGCUUCG